AUGAGAAGCCAGCAGGUCUUUGCUGAUCUGGUUAAGAAAUGGGAUUCUAUCAUCUGUGGGACCAUUCGAGUCCGGCUGAGAGACUUCGACUCCCUUGACUUCUGCCUUCACCAGAUCAGUACUGCUUGGAUUCGUCCGGGACCCCCGUCCCAUCCUAAAUUUAUACCAGCAUCCGAAUUUCUGGGUCUCGAGAUCGAGCUAAGGGAAAAUGAUGUCUUUUUUAAAUUUCAUAGCAUGAGCCUCCAAGACCUUGUCUUCUGUUGUAACAUGAAUAAAACGGCUCGAUCUGACCGUCAUCUCGAAUUGGGUUGCUUUGCUAUGCCAAGAUCAAACGCCAUUUUCCGAGAUUUUUAUUAA